UGGACAUUCUAACUGAUUCUCUUUAUUUUUGUUUAAACAAUAUUGAAGAAUAGAGUUUUAAUUGAUUUUAUUUUGUUAUAUGCGUACAAAUCCGGCUUAUCUCAUCUGUCAUUGUCACUUUGACAUUGACAUUUAAAGUCCAAUUGUCAAAAUAAUCGUAUUUGCUGCAUUUUUGGUGCAGUGCCCGAAAUCCGGUUUAAAAAUGCCCCAAUAAUCAAAACCUCCCACUUAACAAUGCAUAAAAAGACUGAUUAAACCAAAAUACAAAAUGCCGGAAAACCUCGAACUCCAACAACUCGUCGACGACGAAAGCGAAACUGACGUCAAAAUCCACAGUCGGAAAUCGUGCAAGUGCCCCUAUUUGGGGCUGCUUUUGGCCACUCUAAGCUCCUUGUUUUUCUCUCUUUGUUCUGUGAUUGUGAAGUGGAUGACGGAUGUGGACCCCAUGGCCCUCGCCGCUUACCGUUACUUGGGGGUGCUCCUCCCGGCAAUCCCCAUCGUGAUAUACCGCCAAGAGCCCCUUUUCCCCCAAGGCAAGCGCAUAAUGCUCCUCCUGCGGUCCUUCACGGGGACCGCAGCCCUAAUGCUGAGCUUCUACGCAUUCCGACACAUGCCCCUGGCCGACGCCUCGGUGAUUGUCUUCUCCGUGCCUGUCUUCACCGGGAUCUUCGCCCGGAUGUUCCUGAAGGAGCCCUGCGGUUUAUUCAACAUUUUCUCGGUGGUUUUGACUCUAAUCGGCGUCGUGUUGAUAACGCGCCCCCCGAGUCUCUUCGGCGACACGAUCAAUUCGCUGGGCGAGUCGGGGCAAAAGACGGAGAUUUGGGGGGCUGUCGCCGCCUUUUCGGCCACGCUCUUCGGGGCUAACGCUUAUGUGCUGUUGAGGGCCCUCAAAGGGAUCCAUUUCUCGGUGAUUAUGACGAAUUUCGGGUCGUUCGCGCUUUGCCAAUGUCUUUUAGUGACUUUUUUGAUUGGGGCCUUGUGUGUGCCUCCCUGCGGUCUCGACCGGUAUUUAAUAGUCGCUCUAGCGUUUUUUAGUUUUUUGGGGCAAAUUUUAUUAACACUAGCGCUCCAAAUGGAGCAAGCGGGGCCCGUGGCCAUUGCGAGAAGUAGUGAUAUUGUUUUUGCUUUCAUUUGGCAAGUGUUGUUUUUUAAUGAAAUACCAAAUCGGUUCUCAAUAGGGGGCGCUGUUUUAGUUAUGAGUUCUGUUGUUUUGACCGGAAUGCGAAAAUGGAUACUUGCCUUGCCCCCAGAGGCGAAUCUCAGAAGGAAUCUCGCGUUUCUAGUCAAAUAGUUUUAAUGCCAAAAAAUUGUUUUAUUUUGUGAUAUUUUUGACAGUAUUAUAUUAUUGUUAUUCCUUUUUUUUUUCUAUUGAAACGUCACAUUUUUCUUCAAGAAUUCAUAUUGCCUUCUAUUAACUCGAUACGAGAAUAAUGUGACGUCGAUUUUUUUUUUUUUUAAUCAUCCUGUAUAUAUAUAUAUAUACAAGCUUAGGUGGCAGCGCACAAGCUUAGAGGGGCAAAAGCCACUAAAACACAAUUUUGAUGUCGUAGCAGCUCGAAUAUUUUCCCAGAGGUAAUAUACCGGGUGUUUACUAAAAUGUGACUUAUUAUUAUUGCGACUUGACAAAAUAUAAAGAUUUGUCAACAAGAAAUUACCACCUAGGAUUUGAACUUUUAGGAAAAUUACGUUUUUCAUGUUGUUUGUAACUAGAAUUUUCAGAAGUAACUUUGAAUGCCUAGGGUUGGUUACCCCUUGUUGUUGACGAUUGACGUUUCCUGUCAACCUACUGUCAAAUAUCAAUUGAAUUAUCCAUACAAGCUGACAGGUGGCUUAACCUAAAUUUUGACAUUAGUUACGAUAUCUUUUGUUUGUCACCACAAACCAACCUAACCAAAUUUAUGACAACCUAUUCAGGAAUAUCCCUAAAUCCUAGGGAGUAAUUUAUUGUUGAUACGACAAUAUAGGAUGUCACACGAGUAAAAAUGAGCAACCAACAUUACAUUUCAAGGAUAACGUGGAUAUUGAAAUAUUUGCUUAUUAUUACUCGUAUUACAUAACAAAAGAGAAAUAAAAUUAACCGACUUUUUAGUUACUGGUAAGUUUUAUUAAAUAAAUAGUCGCUUCGCAUGAUCUUUGCACAAUUGAGACAAUUUUUGUGAACUCCCAGUAUUGUUUUAAAUCAUUAAUCUUAGAUAUUUUUUACAAUUGUGAUAAAUACAGUUUUUUUUUCGUCAGUCGUUGUUUUUGCGAUGUUGGUUGACAAGUCGACUGUACGCAGGACCAAUUUGCUAUUGGACGUAAUUUCCGAUGAGUUAAUAAAAUUGAAUGAAGUAA